GUUCAACUGUGUUUUACAUGUCCGGGUAUAGCUCAAAUGGGUACAUAAACGCAGGUGACCAAGCCUUUUCUUUAUCUUGCACUUUUCAGCCCAUCUACUCUUUCUCUGCACUCCUAGUUUCCCUGUGACUCAGUCAGAACCAGGAAACCGCAGCGAUGCCUCCCCCCGGCGUGUGUCUGAACAUCAUGGAGGCUCGUCACAUUCAAGACGGUUACGGGAGCCUGACAAACCCUUACAGGGAGUUUGGCCAAGACUUCCAGCAGCUGACAGAUUACUGCCUCUCUCAAAGAGUAAAGUUCCUUGACGAGACAUUCCCGCCUGAAAGAAGCUCCAUCGGCGAGGGGGUUCUGAGCCCCUCCGACCUGGCCAGAGUGGAGUGGCUGAGACCAGCAAAAAUAGCUCCUACUCCUUCCUUUGUCGUUCGUGGGGUCUCCAGGUUUGACUUUGGUCAAGGAACUGUUGGAAACUGCUGGUUUCUUGCAUCGAUCGGAGCUCUGACUUUCCAAAAAAACAUCUUCAAACAGGUGGUUCCUCUUGAGCAAACAUUCGACCAGAACUACUGUGGAUUGUUUCACUUCCGGUUCUGGAGGUUUGGGAAGUGGGUGGAUGUGGUCAUUGAUGAUAAACUGCCCACCAUAAACGGCAGAUUAAUCUUUGUGCGAUCACAAAACCAGAAUGAAUUCUGGCCUGCUCUGCUGGAGAAAGCCUAUGCCAAGGUUUGCGGUUCCUACACCGACAUGACAGCAGGAACUCCUUCUGAGGCCAUGAUGGACUUCACAGGCGGAGUCCACAUCUACAUCCGACUGUCUGAACCUCCUCAGAAUCUGUGGGAGCUGAUGUGCAGAGCUGGAAAAUCUGGAGUACUGAUGUGCUGUGGUACAGAUCAAGGGGAGACUUCAUCUAACACAUUAUCACCAAACGGGCUGGUUCUGGGUCACGCCUACACUGUGACUGGUGUCAUGCAGUUGGUGAGUCGGGGGAAACCUGUAAACCUGGUGCGUUUAUGGAACCCCUGGCGCACCGGAGAGUGGAUCGGAGACUGGAGCGACCGGUCCCCUUUGUGGCAAACUGUGAGCCCUCAGGAUCGGGAAAAGUGCCAUUCUGUUGACGAUGACGGGGAGUUCUGGAUGACUCUGGAGGACUUCUGUAAGCUCUACAGCGAUCUCGACAUCUGCGGCAUGGAUCCGAGCUUCCUUGAUGAGACGUCGGGUCCGUGGAAGUCGUCUGUAUACGAAGGCCGCUGGGUUCCAGGAACGACUGCUGGAGGCUGCAUGAACCACAAAGAAACUUUCUGGACAAAUCCUCAGUUUAGAGUCCAGAUUUCUGGAGAAUAUUCUGAAAAGGCCGAUGACAAAAACACAUUAGUGUCUUUAAUGCAAAAACCUGACAAGAGGAAGAGACAUCUGGUGAAAAACCUGCAUGUUGGAUUUUCCAUCUUUGAGGUGACGCAACAAUACAAAGCUCAGGUUGGGAAGUUCCCGGCCUCGUUCUUCAGCACGCACCGACCUGUGGCCCAGACGAAAAUCUUCAUGAACGCCCGUGAAGUGAUGGAAUUCAUCAGGCUGAAACCCGGAGAGUACCUGAUCGUUCCGUCCACCUUCAAACCCAACGAGAGCGCCUCCUUCCUCCUGACCAUCCACUCCAAGAUCGAGACCCACGGCUUUGAAAACUCCAGAGACUAUGACAACCAAAUGUUUGAAAAGACUAAAAGAGUCAAAAAUUCAGAAGAGGAUGAAAAAAAGGACAUUUUUUUCAGGCAACAUUCUAACAAGUAUGAGGAAGUGGAUCCGGAGCAGCUCCAGAAGAUCCUGAAUGACCAAAUCCUGAAAGGAGACUUAAAAUCUGGAGGAUUCAGCAUCGAUGCCUGCCGCAGUAUGGUUGCAUUAAUGGAUUCAUCAAUAACAGGCAGACUGAACAGCAAAGAGUUUGUGCGACUGUGGAACAAAGUUGUUGCAUUCAAGGACAUUUUCUUUCGCACAGACGUCUCCCGAACAGGAACUCUUUCUCUCAGUGAGCUGAGAAAUGCUAUAGUAGCUUCAGGAAUAAAGGUCAAUGACGAGCUGCUGAAUCUGAUGGCUCUGCGCUACGGUGCAUCUUCUGGUCACAUGACUCUGGAGAGCUUCAUCAGCCUCAUCCUGCGCUUAGAAUGCAUGUGCAAAGUCUUCCAACAGCUGUCAGAUGGGAAAACAAUGACCCUUCAGGAGUCAGAGUGGAUGUAUGUUGCAAUGUACACUUAACUGAAGCAGAAAGGAGGGAUGGGCUGUUCCUUUGGAAAAAAGACAUAAAAAGUUGGUAUUUUUAGCUGAAUGCAAUCUCCACAGUUCAAAUAUAGGACUGCUGACUGUGCAAACUUUGUCUGAAUGCUUUUGAAUUGUAAAAAAAAGAAGAGACAACUUCCAAGGUUUUUUUGUUUUGUUUUUACUAUGUUACAUAAAAGAAAACAAAGUUAGUGGUUAAAGCUAAAACAAGUUUUAAAGUGUUCAAUGAUUUGAUUUAUGAUUAAAGAUAAUAGUUUUGAAAAGAAUUUUUGGAGAAGAGAUGAAGGUGGAAGGAAAAUUAUCUGGAAACCACUUUGGCUUUCAGCUAACACAACACAGCCAAAUACGUUUCUACACCCUCAGGUGUCUCUCUCCUUUCAGCACAUUCCACAUCAGGUUUGCUGUGGUUAAAGUUACUAAAGGCAUCACUGUAAAUGUGUGAAUUGUGUUUUCAGUUGAUGGACAAAUAAACAGCAUGAAUCUGC